GGGAGGGAGGAGGCCUUAGAGCGGCCCCCUAGGGAAAGGAGCAGAUUCCCCCCUCCAGUGCUGGGAGCCCUGCUCCGGUACCGGGGCCAGGCCCCGCCGGCCUCACUCUUCAGGGUCAGUGAUUCGGCAGUUAGCACCUGGAGUCUGCCUCUGCCCGUACCCGUCAACGCUGGAGCAGCGUCCCCCCUGCCCCUGUGUUAUACCUGUAGCUGGGGGCAAUAUUGGGAUAAUCAACUGGUAUUCUAGCAUGGACACUGUUGCUAGCCAUAGUUGUCAUCUUCUCCAGCAGCUACAUGAACAGCGCAUUCAAGGCCUUCUCUGUGAUUGCAUGUUGGUAGUAAAAGGCGUCUGCUUCAAAGCACAUAAAAAUGUAUUAGCUGCUUUCAGUCAGUAUUUCAGGACCCUGUUUCAGAAUUCUCCAGGCCAGAAGAAUGAUGUCUUUCACUUGGACAUUAAAAAUGUAGGUGGCAUAGGCCAGAUCUUGGACUUCAUGUACACUUCACACCUUGAUCUUAGCCAGGACAAUGUACAAGCUAUGUUGGAUAUUGCACAAUGUCUGCAAGUGCAAAAUGUGCUGAACAUUUGCCACACUUUUUUAAAAUCCUCCACAGCUGUAGAGUCUCCUGCCAGCAUGCCUUGCAAUAGUGUGUUCUCCUUGCAAAGUACUUUGGCUACAGAGACUAACUGUGUGAAUGAAAGUUACGGUACUAACUUACUGCAUGAAUGCUCAUCAGAUGCACAAGCGAGUAAAGUGUUGGAUGACCACCAUUCCCACGGAUCACAAUCUAUUAAUCUUCAUACUUCCUCAGGUGAUGUACAGAAACAGACACAAGACUCCUUAGAUGGUAAUUGCACAGAGCUCCCAUUUAAACAGCCAAAUUACUAUUAUAAACUGCGCAACUUUUAUAGCAAGCAGUUCUACAAGCAGAAUGCAUGUUCCAACCAUGAGAGAAUAACAGAACAGUCUUUUGCUUUCAAUACAUCUACUGAACUAAGUACGGUAGAGAGCAAUUCUUGUACUGUCAAUCAAUCUGAAUGUAUUUUGGAAUCCUCUGACCACUUACCCUCGAACUUUCUGGUUCAAUCCUUGAAUGAUUCUGCUCCAGACCAAGAUUUGGAAAGCACAUCCUUGCAGCCUACCAAACAGAUGCGGUUGAAAAAGGCAAUACACCUUAAAAAACUGAAUUUUCUGAGAUCACAGAAGUCUGCAGAACAAUUGUCUGAACCUAAGAGAGAUGACAACAGUAUAACAAGGGUAAUUGAAUCUGUAAAUGAAAGUACCAUGGAGAUGACAAAUAUUAAUGCUGUUGAAGGAAAAGAAACUGAAGAUCUUGUGAGUUCAGAGAGUUUUGAACAAACUGUUGAAAUGGAAAGAUCUCAAGGUCCUUCAGAACAAGAUGAGCAAUCACAGAUUCUUCAGUCACAGAGGCAAUAUACUUGUGAAUUAUGUGGAAAGGCUUUUAAACAUCCAAGCAAUUUGGAGCUCCAUAAAAGGUCUCAUACAGGUGAGAAACCUUUUGAAUGUAACAUUUGUGGGAAACACUUCUCACAGGCAGGUAACCUACAGACUCAUUUACGUCGGCACUCUGGUGAAAAACCAUAUAUUUGUGAAAUCUGUGGGAAAAGGUUUGCUGCUUCUGGUGAUGUACAGCGUCACAUUAUUAUUCACUCUGGAGAAAAACCUCAUUUGUGUGAUAUCUGUGGUAGAGGGUUUAGUAACUUUAGUAACUUAAAGGAACACAAAAAGACCCAUACAGCAGAUAAAGUAUUCACCUGCGAUGAGUGUGGAAAGUCAUUUAACAUGCAACGGAAGUUAGUAAAGCACAGAAUUAGGCACACAGGAGAGAGACCAUACAGCUGUUCAGCAUGUGGAAAAUGUUUUGCAGGAUCUGGUGACCUACGCAGACAUGUACGGACUCAUACAGGAGAAAAGCCCUAUACCUGCGAGACUUGUAACAAAUGCUUCACUCGUUCUGCUGUUCUGCGGCGGCACAAGAAAAUGCACUGUAAGUCCAGUGAUGAGGGAUCAAAUACACUAGAGGAAUUUACUCAGGCAAUUGAAACUUCUGAUCUUGAGAAAUCUCAGGGUUCCGACUCGUUUGCCCAAGAAAUGUCUGUUACUUUGUUACCAGUAUCUGUUAAAUUUCCUGUUCGUCCAGCUGGAAAUUCAGCUAAUGAAUUUGAUAGUUCUGCAGGAUCUUAUUGCAAGUUGCGGUCAAUGAUUCAACACCAUGAGUCUACAAUCCAACAGAAAUUGAGUCUGGAUUCCGCUGAACUCCCAAAACCUCAGACACAACAAACUCCUCAGCCAUCUUUCACUUACACAGAGGUAGAUGUAUCACCUGCAGAAGAACCCCUACAAUCUGAUAAUAUUUCUAUGAUUCGUUCAUCAAUGACAACCUUGGAUGGUCAUUGUGGUGACCCCCUGGGCAAUCGUGCAUCUUCUGCUGCAUAUAGGAGUAAUGAAGGACCAUUCUUUUCCAGUAUGACCCUGUGGGGCUUAGCUAUGAAGACCUUGCAGAAUGAAAGCGAGUUGGAUCAAUGAGGGUUCAUGUUACCGAUUCACAACCUUUUAGGGAAAUUGUUUUAAUUUACCAGACUAAGACUACGUAUUCCAGCUAGUGCUCACUACCUCCCAUUUAACUGUGCAUGCUCUAUCCUGCAAUGGAACUUGAGUUGUUCCAAGGCCCAGUUUCAUUAUUAAAGUGCACAAAGGUGAAUAAAGCGUGUAAGCAAAACCAGUACUGAGGUUUGUUAGGGUAAGGUGUAGGAAGAGAAUAGUGUUCCAAUCACAAGAGGCUGACGUACCAAUAAUGGAAUGCUUAUCAGUAAGAUCAUUGGUUUAUAUAACUUCUUAUAUUUAAGUAAUGUGACAUAUUAAAACUGAUUGUCAAAUACUGUACAAUAUUUGUCAGUAGUGCAAAGUAAUUGUAUAUCUAGAAACUUUAUUUUUACAAUAAAAGCCUUUUCUAGUAUUUUAUAAAAUAUUUUGCACAGAAGUUUUAUCUGUAGAAUGUAGAUCAAAGUAAAGAAAUGCUAAUUUAAUUUGAAUAAAGGGAAGUUAUUUUACGUAA